AUCAGGUUGGGCAGAUAUGAAAAAAUUGCCAAGAUUAUUUGGGAGUCUGAAGAAUCUGCUCCAUCUUGACCUAUCAUAUUGUUAUAUGGUUGAUGGUGUACAUGAAGCUUUGGUCGGUCUUGCCAGUCUGCAAUAUUUGAAUUUAGAAAAAACACAUGUCAGUUCCCUGCCAGAUGAUCUUACCAAGCUCCGGUAUUUAAAUUUGUCUGGACUAAGAAAUCUAUCUCCGGUAGACUCCUUGGAUGAUCCUCUCUCUGCAGAAACCUGGGACAGUCUAAUCAACAAUAUAUGCAGAAUUGAUCUUUCAGAGCUAGAGCAUUUGGACUUGUCUGUAAAUCAUAAUAUGAAAAGAAUACCUGAAAGUAUUUGUAGCCUGACAAAACUGCACACAUUGGACCUCUCGGGAUGCACAGAUUUGGAGAAAAUACCUGAAAGUAUAUGCACAGUUGGUAGCUUGAAGUUUCUUUAUUUAGAGAAUUGUUACAGUCUUGAUGAAAUACCUCAACUCAGUAGCAGUGCAAUGUCGUUACCACACUUUGUGGUGCGUGCUGGUAGUGAUGGAUCUAGCAGUAAUCUAGUCCUGCUUAAGCCCACAGAUCCUUCUGAGCUGGAGAUAACUAAGCUUGAAAAUGUGAAGUCCGCAGGAGAGGCACAUAGUAUAAAAUUAAUGGAAAAGCAAAGCAUUCGGAAGUUGAAACUGGAGUGGACUCGUGGUGUUGACAGAUUUGUGGAUGACAAAAUAUUGCUGGAAAAACUAGUGCCUCCAAGCACAUUGAGUAAAUUGGAGAUAUGUGGUUAUAAUAGUGUCAUCUUUCCAGGCUGGGUAGUGGGACAACUACGAAACCUAGACUCACUGGUUCUCAGAGAUAUGGCAAAUCUGGAAGAGUGGGACACUUCAUACGCCACCGGUUAGGAGAAGGUGUUAAAAGGAGUGAAAAUACUUGGUUGCCCCAUGCUAAGGAUGAAAAGGCCUCUGCCUAAAGCUAAAAAAUGGGAGAUAAUAUGCAGUGACAAUGUGUUAUUAUCGUGGAAUGAGUGCAUUGUGUCACAGAACAGUGCUUCCUCUUCUCCAGUAACUACUAGGCUGUCAGUUGGAGCCUGCAAGGGGCCUCACCAAUGGAGGUGGCUUCAACACUUUCCUGGACUCCUUUCUUUGGAUAUUGCCAAUUGUGGCGAUCUAACCUGCUCACCGUAUAUCAUCCAACUACUGUCCUCUUUGAAGGAACUAUGCCUAGAAGACGAAGACAUGGAAGAACUGCCAAUAUGGUUGGGCGAGCUACCAUCCCUAAAGUAUCUGAAUAUACAUGGUAGCAAUGGUGUAAAGGAGUUGAAUGAGAACAUGAAGCAACUCACAAAGCUUGAAUCACUGGAACUGUAUUUCUGCAAAAGCAUAUCUGCAGUGCCACAUUGGCUAGGCGAAUUGACCUCUCUCAAGAAACUUUGGAUACAUAACAAUGAAGGCUUGAGGUCUUUGCCGGCAAGCAUCCAACAACUCACCAGCCUCCAGGAAAUAGUACUUAUUCACUGCUAUGCAUUAGAGCAGGUGGUUGCUGAAACAGAGGAGGGAAAGAUGAAGCUGGCUGACAACCAACAAAGGGAAUCUGCACUGCCCACCUCUCUAAAGAGUCUUUAUCUGUAUGAAUGUGUUAGUAUCAAGUCUUUUCCCGAGGGAAUACAUAAACUCACUAACCUACAGGACCUAACAAUAAGGAGGUGCCCGGGACUAAAGGAAUGGUGUGAAUUAGAGGAGACCAAGACCUUUCUGGCUCGCAUAGGAAAGAAGCUGAUUGAGUUCUAGACAGUGCAUGCAUGCAUAUACUGCACAACCAGGUUGCGACCUGAAUCAACCUGCAAGAUUUUGUUCUGGGUAAUUUAAAUUGUUGGAGUUGAAGAAGGAGCUGAAAUUACAAGCCAUGGUGACGUGAAACUCGUUUGCAAGACCUGCAGCAUCUGACUUUGAAGCUGCAGGCCAUCGCCUGUACUAGUGUUCUUUGUGCUUAGUUUGGAGGUAUAUGUUCCCUGCUCCUUUCACCGCCUCUCUGUUUUUGUAUGUUUACCAAACAGGAGAUUGCAGUACUUGUAACGUCUGUGAUUUCCAUUUAUUCGGUCCUGGUGAGCGUGGGGGGUACACCCCUCGCUUGUGUUGAGCAUGCCUACCACUUGUAAU